AUGGGGAAUACUGAGGAAGCUGGUGAUGUCUCGGUCGUGCACGCUGAGGAAGGUGCCAACUGGAACGAGAAAGUCUUGGCCACGGAAGCGCAGAUCGGCUUUGUCGAUGAGAAGGAGUUGGGAGCACUGGGCGCCUUGAAAGCGUAUCCCUAUGCAGUCCUGUGGUGUCUCGUCAUGGCGGCCUGCGUCAUUAUGGAGGGCUAUGACACUAUACUGCUCGGCAACUUCUUCGCGUACCCGGCAUUCCAGAUCAAGUUUGGUCGUUUCGUGGGAGUCACACCGAGCACCCCCACCGGUUAUCAAUUGACGGCCGCGUGGCAAGCUGGCGCCAGUCAGGCCCCCGGGGUGGGCAGCUUCUUCGGGUCCUUUUUCAACGGAUAUCUUGUAUCGAAAUUUGGCCAACGUCGCGUGGUCCUCUGGUCGCUGGUUUUCUUGAUCGGAUGCAUCUUCAUUCCCUUCUUUGCGCCAAACCUGACCGUUUUGACGAUAGGAGAAGUCCUUUGUGGUAUUCCCUGGGGGAUUCUCGCGACAUCUGCGCCUUCCUACGCUUCCGAAAUCCUCCCCACCCCCUUACGCACGUAUCUGACUUCGUACACGAAUAUGUGCUUCAUCUUCGGCCAACUAAUCGCAACAGGUGUCUUGAAAGGAUUAUCCCAGCAUACCAGCGAGUGGGCCUAUAAGAUCCCAUUUGCCAUUCAGUGGGUAUGGCCGUGCGUCUUGAUCCCACUGAUCUACUUGGCUCCCGAAAGCCCCUGGUAUCUGGCCAGAAUGGGCCGUUUCGAGGAUGCCGAAAAGUCUUUGCGCCGUCUUCAAAACCCCAAGGCCACUCACAUCAACCCCAAGAACACCCUUGCCGCGAUCAUCCACACAGAUAACUUCGAGAAGAGCAUCUCAGUCGGUACCAGCUAUCUUGACUGUAUCAAAGGACCCGAGCUCCGCCGAACCGAGAUCGCCUGUAUGGCCUUCGCCGGCCAGAUCCUCUGCGGUAUCAACUUCGCCUACAACAGCUCUUACUUCUUCGAGCAAGUGGGUCUCGGUACUUCAACUACUUUCUCUCUCGGUUUGGGAGGCACUGGCCUGGCUCUUGUCGGAUGCUUCCUCAAUUGGUUCGCUCUCAUGCCAUACUUCGGCCGUCGAACCAUCUACGUCUGUGGUAUGGGAGCAAUGUGUCUAAAUCUGAUUCUCAUCGGUAUUCUUAACGUGUGGACCGAUCGCGAAUCAGUCGCCAUGACACAGGCCAUCCUGACCUUGCUUUGGACCUUCAUUUUCCAACUUUCCGCUGGACAGCUUGGCUGGGCGCUCCCUGCCGAAAUGGGAUCGACCCGACUCCGCCAAAAGACUAUCUGCAUUGCAAAAAACUUCAAUGGAAUUAUCGGCAUUGUCGCUGGAAUUCUGCAACAGUACUUCAUGAAUCCUCAAGCAUGGAAUAUCAAGGGCUAUGUUGGAUUUGUCUGGGGCGGUACUUGCUUUAUAAUGUUUAUCUGGUCUUACUUCCGACUCCCAGAGACCUGGAAUCGAUCUUACGAGGAGCUGGACAUUCUCUUUUCGAGAAAGGUGUCCGCGAGGAAAUUCGCCAGCAGGAUCGUGGAUCCAUUCGAGGACCAGGAUAACGUCAUCCGUCCCGAGGAAGGCACUACAGCUGACUUUGCUUAG